CCUAAAGUUCAUCAUCACUGUGUUCAGCUGCUGAAGAGAGAAUCUCCCUGAGUUUGCUCUGCAGCAGCAUUUGACUUCAGGUGCAGGAGUUGCCGUUUAUCACAAUGAGGUUUCUGAUCUUACUGUGUGUGUCACUUCUUCUGCUGAUUAAUGGUGAAAUAACCAGUGGACAAACAUCAGAAACUACAACGUCCAGCUCUGAUCCAUGCUAUGAUUAUAACAUUCUUGAUGAAUACUGGAGAGACAUACGGCAAAGCUCAUAUCAGAACUAUGACCAUGAUGACAGCCAUGUUGAAUGGAGUGGCUGGUAUCGUCUGUAUCUGAAUGGAGAAAAUGCCCAGAUGUCUGAGUGGUGUGUGAGUAAUAUGAGAUGUGGUGGUUACACUGCACUGUAUCUCAACGGCUCUCAUCCAAGAGUUGAGGAUGGAGUGGUGACCCGUGAAGUCUUGGGAAGUUAUAUUUGGUCUAGCCAGUGUGAAGACUACAGAUCUACAUCCAUCCAAGUCAAAGCCUGUCCAGGAGCUUAUUACGUCUAUAAACUUGUCAAGCCAGAUGUGUCCAUCUACAUGCCUUCAUACUGUGCAGUUGCUUUCAGCAGCAUCAGCAGUGAUCCCUGCUACAACUAUGAGUCUCUGGAUCGUCCCUGGAGAGCCACCAAUGAAAGUGGAGAUUACAUUUGUGAUGAACGUUUCUCCUGGAAUGGCUGGUACCGGCUUUUCUACUAUGGAAUGGACAUCCAGAUGUCAGAGACCUGUAUUAGUUCAUUCAGCUGUAACACAUACUAUAACCUGUGGCUCAAUGGUCCUCAUCCUCAGAUAGAGGAUGGAGUGGUGAUCAGAGAGGUCUGUGGAGGGUCUUAUUGGGGCAGCUGUUGUGAAUACAAAUCAAAACCCAUCAGAGUGAAAGCAUGUCCAGGCAAUUACUAUGUCUAUGAACUUGUGAAUCCACAAUUCUGGUGUUCAGGAUACUGUACAGAUGUCAGCACUAUUUCACAGGUGGUUUCCACUUUGAGUCCAAAUAUAAUCAGUGGAUCCAGCAUCACAUUUAAUUAUGACCCGUGCAAUAACUACAACACACUUGACAACUACUGGAGAAGCACACGCAAUUACUGGUAUUGGUACGGCUAUAUAAAUGGACACGAUGACACUCUUGUAGAAUGGGAUGGCUGGUAUCGACUCUUCGUCAAUGAGUCCAAUGCUCAGAUGCCUGAGUGGUGUGCGACUUACAUGUCAUGUGGAGGUUAUAGUUCUCUGUGGCUUGGUGGCUCUCAUCCUCAGCUAGAAGAUGGAGUUGUUACUCGUGAAGUUUUUGGUUCUCGUGAUGAUCAGUGCAGUCGCUACAGAUCUGAACCAAUCCAAGUCAAAGCUUGUCCUGGAGAUUAUUAUGUCUACAAAUUUACCAGACCAACAGUCUCAAUCCCAGCUCCUGUGUAUUGUGGAGUUCCUUCCCCCACCCCAAGCGUUGAUCCCUGCUACAACUACACCAGUCUGGAUGAGACUUGGAGAGCCACUGACAACUAUUACUAUAAUAACUAUUACUACUAUGGCAUGUGUGAUUAUAAUGUGGAGUGGAAUGGCUGGUACAGAAUGUUCUACAAUGGUGAAAAUGCCGAGAUGCCAGAUUCAUGUGUUAAUCAAGGCAUGUGUGGCACUUCUGAACCAAUGUGGCUCAACGGAUCUCAUCCACAGCUGGAAGAUGGAGUGGUCACUCGUCAUGUCUGUAUUUCUUCAUGGAGUGGCUGCUGUACUUACACAUCCCACCCGAUACGAGUCAAAGCCUGUCCUGGAAAUUACUAUGUUUAUGAGUUUGUCAAGCCAAUGUUUUGCUCAGCUUACUGCGUAGAAGCCUCAAAUCAGUCCAUCCCAUCAGUGUCUACGCCAUCAGAGACAAUCCCAUCCAUAGAGUACAUUACUCCACCAAUCACAACCACUGCUCUCCCUGUUGACCCCUGCUACAACUACUAUGUCCUGGACGAUCCAUGGAGAGCCACCAACAAUCAACAUUCCUCUCAAAUAAUGUGUGACACUGGGGUCAGCUGGAACGGCUGGUACCGUCUCUACAUCCAGGGUCAGAGCGUUCAGAUGCCAGACACAUGUGUUGAGGAAUAUAGUUGUGGCACUCAUGCUCCACUCUGGCUGAACGGAGGACAUCCAACAGUUGAGGAUGGAGUGGUCACUCGAGAUGUCUGCGGUCACUGGAACAAUGACUGCUGUGCUUUCCAAUCCAAUCCCAUUAAAGUCAAAGCCUGUCCAGGAUAUUAUUAUGUCUAUGAGUUUGUGAGUCCAGUUGGCUGCAGUUUGGCAUACUGUGCAGAUGCAAGGAACAUGAACACUACCUCUACUACUGUAAUACCAGAGACAACCACAGAAACUACAUCUGAAACCACAAUGAUUGUUAAUAGGAACCCGUGUUCUGAACUCAGCUGCUCUGAGGAUGAAAGGUGCGGAAUGAAAAAUGGCGUAUACGGCUGUUUAUGUGAAAAUGAUCAUCACAGACAAGAGCAUCAUGACUCUUUUGAUUUCUCAGAAAGCUGUGAAAGCAGCUCUGGCUCCAUGUCUGUGUCUCGCUGUCAGCUCUUUGAGGCUGGUUUUCCAGCUGAUGUCUUGCACCUCAAUGAUCCCAGCUGCAGAGGAACGGUCCGGAAUGGCAGAGUGGAAUUCCAUUUUGAUAACGAUGAACACAUCUGUGGCACAAAUCUUGUGGCCAACGGCACCCACUUCAUCUACAGUAACUUUAUUCUGGGGACACCGAGGUCAGAGGGUCUCAUCAGCAGAGAGAAAAUCCUCAAGCUUUCUUUCAGCUGCGUUUAUCCUCAAACACAAUCACUUUCCAUGAAUGUGGAAAUCAACCCACUGGAGAGUGUUGUGCACAAGACCCUCCCGGCUGGUGAAGGCAGAUAUCAGGUGCGGAUGAUUCCAUAUGAGGAUGAUGAGUUUACUCGGCCCUUCACUGGUAGAGUGGAUGCAGAGCUGGACCAGAAGAUGAAUGUGGAAGUUCGUGUCGAGGGGGUUGACAGCCGUCAGUUUGCUCUGGUGAUGGACACGUGUUGGGCUACACCUGUGAAUGAUCCUGAUUACAGUCUCCGCUGGGAUCUCAUCGUUAGAGAGUGUCCCAAUCCAAAUGACGACACAGUGGAGCUGCUGCAGAACGGCGUCUCGACAUCCAGCCAUUUCUCCUUCAGGAUGUUCAUCUUCACUGCAAACUCCACUAAGCUUUACCUGCACUGUGCUGUUCACCUGUGCCUUAUGUCGAGCAAUCGCUGUUCACUGGAUUGUAACUCUGGACACCAGUGGAGAGAGCGCAGGUCUCUGGACUUCCAUGACAGUGCUUCUAUAUCCAUGGGUCCCCUGACGUUGUCUGAAGGGAACACAGAUAAGUGGGUCCCAGAUCAAGUGAAGGUGUCUGAGGCUUCUUCUCUGUGUGCUUCUCUGAUGCUGUUACUCGUUCUUCUGAUGAGUGUCCUGACCCUCUUUUAGUUUACUUCAACAAAAAAUGUAUAUUGUCUAUUAAUAUGGAACUGAUGUUACAUUUGUGGUGGGUUUCUAAAUAUUUUUUAAUUUUAUUUAUGUGGUGUCAUAAAUGAUGAUUUAACCCUUUACAUUAGUUAUUAUACACUACAUUAAUUCGGUUUUACUUGAAAGGAUGUUCUGCAGUAGCAAACAGAAUCAGAUUUGCAUUCAUUUAAAUCAUGAAAAAUUAUUAAUAGGGUAACUUCUGUUUUGCGAUUCCUUUUCAAAAUGUAAACUUUUAGUAGUCGAUGGAAAUUAUUCUAUAAAAGGCUGAUUGUCAAACUAGCUGAACUGAAAUA